CUUAAAAAACUUGUUUAUAGCUCAAACUCAAAGCUCAUUCUUCUCCUCCGCUUCCGCGCCCCCCCCCCCCCCCCCCAAGCGGCUAAUGGAAACGAGGACUGAGGCAGCUUUGGAGAACAGGAGGGAUCCGAGGAGGUAGGGUGGGGGAGGGGUAAAGAAGGAGGGGACGGAACCAAUAAAAGCAAACCCACAGUAUCCCAAGACAUCCCUGGAAGGGAAGAAAAGAUCGAAGGGGUGGUAGACCAGUAGAGGGGAAACCUCCACUUAAGUAAGCUCGCACCGUAGUUUGUUUGGCUAUUCCCCGGUUCCUGCUUCGGUGGAAUCCCCAGAGCCAAGAUCUCCAUGAACUUGCAAAGGGCCGAGUGUCCACUCUCCCUGCGGCCGCAGCACAACCCCCGGGGCUCAGACGGGGAAGAUGAGCCUCUGGACAUCCUGCCGGGGGAGGAAGAGGAAGAGGAGGAGGAGGAGGAGGAAGAGCGGUACCUGCGGCGGCCGCAGUCUGGUCAGCGAGGGCCUCUUGCGACCAGUAAUAGCCGCAGCAGCAGCAGUAGCAACCGCAGCGCCCCGUCGGGGACCAGGGACUGCGCGAGCAGCGGGCGUAGCUGCUCCCCAUCUCGGGACGUCCCGGCCGAGCUUGGAGAAGGGGGUGCGCCUUUGGCCCUGGCUAAGCCGCCCUACUCGUACAUCGCCCUCAUCACCAUGGCCAUCCUGCAGAGCCCACACAAACGGCUCACUCUGAGCGGUAUCUGCGCUUUCAUCAGCGGCCGCUUUCCCUACUACCGCCGCAAGUUCCCUGCGUGGCAGAACAGCAUCCGCCACAACCUGUCGCUCAACGACUGCUUCGUCAAGAUCCCCCGGGAGCCAGGCCACCCCGGCAAGGGCAACUACUGGAGCCUGGACCCGGCCUCCCAGGACAUGUUCGACAACGGCAGCUUCCUUCGCCGGAGAAAACGCUUCAAGCGCCCGGGCCCUGGCUCUCCGCUGUGUGCGCCCCUGCACUCCGCGGGGACCGCGGGACUACUGCUGUGCCCCGCUGCCGCCGCGCCGGUCCCAGUUCGGCUCCGCCCGGGCCCACUGCUGCAGCCACACCCGCUGCGCUACGUCGUGUUGCCGGCCCCUGCUCGUCCCUCGAUGCCACCGAGAAAAGGGAGUGCAGCGCAGCCUCUGCCCGGUGCCGUGGGCCGGGAAGUUCAGGUACCAGCGCCCCGUCGUGGAGUCAAGGGAGCCUCGUUUAGUAUCGACAGUAUCAUGCAGGAAACCCGGGGAGGAGGCACGGUGGGGGCCCCAAUGGCUCCAUGGAGUCACUGCCACCUGUGGCACGCUCCCGCCAUGGCCGCCUCCCCGUGGCUGCAAGUGUCCGCGGUCGCCCGGACGCUAUGGCAACAGCAGCCGGAUGCUGCGAUCGGAUGCUUUCCCGGCAAGGGAGCUCUCCUCGGCCGGCCCUUGGCCACCGCGUCCCUGGGGUGCCCAACUGGGGCAAGCGGCACUGGGCUGCUUUCGCUGGCUGCUUCCACUGUCCAGGAGGCGAGCGAGCUCCCAUUCUGAGCCACCUGCCGGCCGUGCCCCACCUUCCCCGCGAUUGCUCCAGGAUUACAUAACGAAACCUGCAAGCACACUUAAGAGUCAUCUAAUCCAAAUGCCCCCUAUUUUACAGAUUCGGAAACUGAGGUCCAAGUCCCUGACAACUUCGAGAUGCACUUCCCUAUUGGUUAGAGUUCUUGUUGAGCGUUUUAGCUUUGCAGCAAAGUACCUCGUCGUUUAUAGAUAUUUCACUCCGUAAAAUGUUUACAGACCUGAUGCUUUUCUUGGGCAGGCUGGGUGUAGAGUCAAAUGCACUGGAUGUGACUUGACGUGGUCGGCUUUCCUCGUUUGGGUUUGGUUCCAGUGACCAAAUAUGGGGUGUCCCUUUUGCAUUUUUCUAACCUGUUUCGAGAAAGCGUUGUGCUUUGGAAUUGAAAGAAAAAGAAAAGAAAAGAAAAGAAAAGAAAAAAACACUUCCAAAAACGACUUCCACUGCACAGGGAUUUCCUCUUCCAAGCCUUCUUUGAACCAUGAGGCUAUUUUUUGAAGUGUAUAUAAUAGUCUUUGCUUCCUCCAGUCAUCUGUAAAUAUAACGAAUUUUAAAAAUUUGGAGUAUUUAUUUCUUGUGAAAAUAUUUAAGGCAUCAUACAUAUACUGUGAGAUAAUAAACUUAGA